GGAAACACUAGAGUGGAGAGUCUGCUGAAAAGGACCAAAGGCUUCGCUUUUCAGAUGUCGACAGAGGGAAACAUAAAGCUGCAAUAAUUCACCAGGGACUGUGAGGACAUGACAUCAGUACAAUUUAAUCAUGGAGAGAAGUGAGAAGAAAAGGAGUGUUGAUGUGAUGCUGAAAAGAGAGCAGGGAGAGGUGGAGGGAAGUGAAGAAGAGGUGGAGGUCUUGGACACUGAAGAUGAGGAGGAGCAGGGAUCCACUCCGCUCAUCACUGCCUGUCGUAGAGGCAGGGCUGAGGUGGCAGAGCGGCUCCUGAGGGCCGGUGCUGAUGUGACCCUGUGUGACUGCAGCCGGCAGACGGCGCUCCACGCGAGUCCUCCCAUGCUCCGCGGAAAAGUGUUGGGGUGGAUGUGGAGGCCUCAUCUGCCUCCCCAGGCUCGGCUGCUGCAGGCUGCCUGGCAGGGAGACGUGCGCUCCCUGAGGAACCUGCUGACUCAGGCGGACUGGGUGGAUGUGGAUGUUCCGAACAGCGACGGUGUGACAGCUCUGAUGCUCGCUGUCAGGGACGUCGACCUGUUUGAGGGCAUGGCCACGCCGCUGCCGUGGGAGUACAGACCUGUGGAAGUGGUCAAGGAGCUGCUGGGACUCUCGGCUGAUCUGCAGGCAGGAGACCACAGUGGCUGUUCCGCGCUGCACUACGCCGCCAACAUCAGCAGCCCUCUGAAGGACGACAUCAUUCACGUGAUGGUUGAGGCCCUGAGUCUCACAGAUGCUGCCCCCAUGUCCCUCCUAGCUCAGGAUCUGGACUCGGAGUGUGAAGAUUCGGACAUAGAGUUGGACCUUGAGAGCCUCUGUCCCGAUCGGUCCACAGCUGCCUCCCCCACGCAGACACCAACCCAGCAGCAUCGCUUUCUACUCUACAGCAGCACGGGGGAAGUGCUGGAGUCUCCAGGGUACCCUCCAAAAUCUGACCACCAUAAAGACCUCGACCAAGCAGAUAAGGGAAUUCCCCUCUGUUUCCAAAACGCCAUGGAAACACUGAGAGACAUCAGGCAAGCCUACCAGGAGGCAGGGAGGGGAAGCAGAGGAGGUUUGUUUUUGCCGAGCCUGAGCAACAACAGCCGGCGCUGGAGCCAACCAGAUCCUGCUCCAUCGUCUGGUCUGCUGAGUACCAGGACCUCCUGCCUCCCAGUACCCCCCAGACACAGGCAGAGAACAAGAAGUGUGAUUGCUGCAUCCCCGUCCUCCCCCGGCCUGCUGUCUGUGGCCAAGUCCAGCCAGCUCAGCCAAUCAGCCCCCAGCAUCAUGGAACCACUGCUGUCUUCAAACACUCUGAUCCAGGCCAGGGCGCACAUCCAGACACGACUGGGUUCUCAAGACAAUGUAAAUGAACAAAAGCUCUCACAGGGUCCCUUGCCGACUCUGCAUCCCAGAACGCCGAAGCUGUUGGCACCACUCGACAGCAGGCCGAGGGAUAUUGCCGCUCUGCCAGCACUAAAGCACCACGUUCCCCUGAAGCCCAUCAGCCGGAGCCCCCUGUGCUCCAGGACCCGACUGAGGAGAGAGAGACUAUCCUGGGGCAGUCCACGUACUGGCCCACUGAGCACUAAGGGUGGUAGUGAGGAGAGCGGGUCCAGCAGCAGCAGCAGCCACAGUUCCAUCGAUCUGGAGGAUGAGGAGGAGGAAGAUGAGAGAACGUCAGGCGGGAGCCAUCUGAAGUUCAUCGGAGACAAAUUGUUGCGGCAUUCAGACAAUGUAAGCUGCACCGAGACUGAUUCGGUUGGCAAGAGAAGGCAGGAUUUUAAUGUUCAGCCAAGGAUCAGUCGUAUUCCAGAGCCUAUCAAUCAUGCAACUAAUCGUUUCGGCACUGAAAAAGCUUUAAACUGUCACUGUGAAGGCAAAGCCAGCAAUAUGAGUUACACAAAAGAGCCUGAUGGCAAGCAAGGAGACACUGUGAAUUCAACUGUGAACACGGACGUACCUAUCACAUCAAUGUCUAAGGAGGAAAAGGACAAUGUGGACCAUGCUGCAGAGCCUGAGACCUGGAUUAGCCACGGGACAAGGUUUGACCAGGGUGAUGCUAUUACAUGCCCUGACAGGAAUUACAGCAAUAACCUGAACAGCCCAGAAAGAACAAAGAAGGAUCUCUGUUCUGAAGGAACCCAGGUAGAUAAGCCGAUCCCUUGUAGGGAGGAUGUAAAGUUGGAUACUGACACUGCCGAGGAGAGAGCUGUAAAUGCUCUGCAGUCCAACAUGGAUCGCAAGAGAGACAAGGGGAUGUUGAAAGCCCUGAAGCCUCUCCGGAGCAAGGAGAGAAGAACCCGAACUAACUGUGAACUAAGAGCAAAUAUCCAAACGAACCACCAGUCCUUCAACAUACUAACGCACAAAGACCGCAGCAUCGUGAAUCGUUCAAAGUCCAAAAGCAUUCCGAGGAACUCCUCACUUUCCACACAAGUUAAAGAUAAAACCAGGAAAAGCCCGGAGCUAAUAAUCAGCGGAGAGACAGUCACAAAAGUAAAAUCAAAGCUUAAAUCUGUUAAAGGUGCUCAUUGCGACACCGGCACUCAGUCACCACGGAAGAAGGUGAUCGAUCAUGCUCAGAGCAAAAGAGCAACUCCAGACAAGUUGAUAAGAUCUCAACAGCACCCACCAGUGAUCCGACAAAUAAAGAGACUUGUUGUAGCGGGGACACAAAGAUCUAAAUCUGCUGUGGACUUUGUCACCUACAAAGACAUGUUUCAGCAAAUACAGAGUGGAGAUGAAGGGCCAGCCAUCUAUGAGAUGUUUGCUGGUCCUAUCUACGAUAAUCUCAGAGUUUCAAGCUCUUGCGACAAAGUUAAGGAGAGACAAGUGCAGUCUGCUAAAGUCAAACACAGACCUUUGAAACAAGCACAGAGGAGAGGUCCAGGGGAGAGGCUGGUCGUCUCAGCUAAAAGCAAAUCAAAACCUGCAUCCCCGAGGGUGAAACCUCACCUCACACCCCUACCAAGGAAAGACCGACAAAAAAUGAAGGUUGUGCCGAAACUGGAUCGACACACGGAGGCUGAGUUGGCAAAAGAUGUUUGUCAUAAUAAUUCUCAAGCUCAAAUGUUAUCUAUCAUAGAGGAGGCUCUUUCUAGAUACGGGUCUGAAACAUUAAAAUCAGACGACAAAACACUGAUUGCAGCAGCAGUUUCCUCUCGUGAUGAGGAGUCAUCAAACCCACCGGUUCAUGAGCCAGUAUCGUCUCAAAGUCCUCAACAGCCGAAGAUCAACACCUGGACUUCGUCCGACAGCAGCAGCCACACCAUCAUGUCACCGGUUUACCAGAAGUUUCUGGACGAGGUGGGAGACGGGCCACUUACAGACGACCUCCUGCAGUGUCUGGCCGAGGAGCUGAUCUCAUUGGACGAGAGGGAUGUAUCGGUUGGCCCGUGUCCUGACAAGCUGGGAGCAAGCAAGGAGAUGUCAAACAGGGAAGAUGAUCCUGUUUUGGGAAGAAAUGCAUUCCCUGAGGUCAAUUCAACAUACAGUGCUGCUCUGCUUGGCUCCGGGUUGGUUGUCGACGACACCAUCACCUGGACAAAGGGGGAAGUACUCGGUAGGGGAGCCUACGGAACAGUGCACUGUGGCCUGACCAGUCAGGGCCAGCUGAUAGCUGUGAAGCAGGUGAGCCUGGACGCCUCAGACCCCGAUGCUGCAAAGAGAGAGUACAGUCGCCUGCAGGGGGAAGUGGAGCUGCUUAAAACUUUGAGACACAGCAACAUCGUGGGCUUCCUGGGGACCUCACUUAAUCAGCAUGUGGUCUCCAUCUUCAUGGAGUACAUCCCAGGAGGAUCCAUCGCUAGCAUCCUUCACAGGUUUGGUCCUCUGCCAGAGCCCGUUCUGGCUCUAUACACCCAUCAGAUCCUGGAAGGGGUGGCCUUCCUGCACCUGAACAGGGUGAUUCAUCGUGACUUGAAGGGAAACAACGUCAUGCUGAUGCCCACCGGUGUCAUCAAGCUCAUCGACUUUGGCUGCGCCCGUCGUCUCAGCUGUCUGAACCACACAGCGAGCAACAGUGGAGAUCUGCUCAAAUCAGUCCACGGGACACCGUACUGGAUGGCACCGGAGGUUAUCAGUGAGACGGGAUAUGGCAGGAAGUCAGAUAUUUGGAGUGUGGGUUGCACUGUGUUUGAGAUGGCCACAGGGAAACCCCCACUGGCACACAUGGACAAGAUGGCUGCCUUGUUCUACAUUGGCGCUCAGAGAGGGUUGAUGCCCUCUUUGCCAGAUGGGUUUUCAGAUAACGCCAAAGAUUUUGUAAAUAUCUGCUUGACAAGUGACCAGAGACUACGGCCAUCUGCAAACCAGCUGCUGAAGCAUUCAUUCAUCCCCCAAAAUGAGACCAGAAUGAACUCCUGGGCAACACAGAAAAACUGCUGUGGCCACUCAGAGUGUCGAUAACAAGAAUGGAAUAUUUUAAAGUCCGCGGGGAUAUUAAACAAUUUCAUUCAGAUUGAUGACUCAGAACACAAAGUAUUCUUUUGUGACCCUUUAGGGGCCGUCGCCGCCUUUUCCCGGUGAUGCAUCAGUAGUGUGUUUGGAGCAGACCCUUCUGCAUGAGAAGCACUUUUAUACAUUUCACUUGGUAAAACAAUAGCACCUUUAAAAUGUGAAGCAAUAGAUGCCAGACUUUUGUUAUUGACUUUGGGUAUUUUCUAUAGCAAUCUUACAAAUGUGCCAAUCAUAUGCCUUAAAGAGGCAGUUCACCCCAGAAUGAAAACCACAUUUUUCUAUUUAGUGCUAUUAAUCCACCUAAAUUGUUUUGAUCCAAGUAGCCAGGUUUUGGAGAUAUUGGCUGUAGAGAAGUCUGGCUUCUCUCAGUUUUAGUGGAAAUAACAGGCACUCUGCUUGUGGUACUCGAAGUACCCCAAAAAAAAGGUCCAGAAGAUAAUCCACAGAUCGGUUUCGGGAACUAGAGAUUACUUUCUCUGUAUCACCACACAGAGGGAAGCGUACAUAUCUGUGCUCAUUGUAGCACCAUCCUCUGCUUUGCUGUAACAUCAGCUACUCAUCCACGAGUAGAUGCAUGCUUCAUUCUGUGCAGUGAUGUUUAACAAAGACAAUUUGCUGAUGAGAUUUCCACAUAUUGCAGUUCCUUUACAUUCCAAAGAAGACCGAUAUAUCCAAAACUAUGCGGCUCACACCAAAACAACGUAGAUGGAUAAACAGCACUGCAGGUGUCGUUUUAAUUCCGGGGUUAACUGUCCCUUCAGUUUUACAUUUUAACAGUGUAAUUAGAGCUUUCUUUACUGGCUGAUAUUAGGUUGUGAUUAAAUGUGUCCAAUGCAUAUUCCAUCUUAAAUUAUAAACUAAUUUCCAUAACUAUUCAGUUUUGUCAUUUUUCAGUGCCGAGCAUGUGAAUUUAUACUUCCUCCGAUGGAUUAUUGACAUAUGAGAAUGUAAAACUGUAUAGGACAAGCAACUUAUAAAAACUUUUCAUUGUUAUAAGUUUCUUUACUCCUUGACUCUAGUAACAUGGAUACAUGCAUAAUAAAAUGACAGCAACAACCAAGGUUUUGAUACUGUGUAAGGGUAGCGCCAACUUUGAAGUUUAUUUGUAAUACUGAAAUGAAAAUGGGGGGGAAAAGGAUGCAAAGAGUGGGUUUGGCUCAUUUGUCCACAACUGCUUUUGUUCUGGGUGCCCGAAACGGGGUAAAAACAAUCCAGCCUCUGGUUUGUCGUGUAUUUGCACAUGAAUGAGUAACCCAAUCAAAAACAGAGGGGACGCUCAUGUCAACAUUUGAGAACAAUAUCGAGUUUAAUGUAGAGAACUAAUGUAAAGACGUGUCCGGACAGGUACAUGGCUGCAAAUGUAAAGUCAACCAACUGGAUGAGGACAUCAGUGACAAAACCUAUGAGGAACGUCCACAUUGCAGAUACUUGCGUUACCCAGCAGGUCAUGUUGCAUAUGGCCAAUUGCUCACUGUUCUGACAACUCUAGCUCGAAUGGAAACCGAUUCCAAAGAUUUUUUUUUUUUUUCUGAUUAAAGGUUGAUUCAGUAAUACUUACAUGUUCCCCCUUCAUGGGCUGACAUCUAAGAGCUACAGCUUCAUGUCAUGAUAUUAUGUCUGAUGCACUUCAAAGUAAAAAGGGUUAUGUAAACUUUAAGAGCACACUACUAUUGUCUGUCAGUUUUUUUUUCUUUUUGAGGCACAACCUUUGGCAUCCAGCUUAAGGUCUACUUAGAGGUCCAAAAAAAUAAUAAUUUUUGGUACAAAUUGCAUCGCUCUGAUGUGAUAAGUAGGUGUUGGAUGUGCCGGUGUUACUGAGGGCAUCAACUGAUGUUUCCUGUGAUGGGGAAAGCACAGUACGGCGCCCUCUGUAGGAAGGCUGUAAGAAGCACACACCGCUGGAAUGCUGCAAUCAUUCACCCGAUGAUGCCCAACCAACAAAAUAAAAGUCUUUUAUAGGUAUUAUAGUUAUCUUGUUAUACUUACAAGCAGCUCCAAACCUGAGUAGUCAUGGUAUAGCUUUUUUUUUCUCUUUAAACAUACAAAAACGUAUGUACAUUUAUCUCCACUUUCUGUAAACAGCAAGUACGUGUUCUCCUUUGAAAUCCCUUUGAUGAUUGAAACAUGCAAAUCGUACGCACAGUACUUAAGUAUAAAAAGAAAUCAAGACAAGAAAGUAAUUGAGGAGAUGAAACUUUACACUAAAAAAAAAAAAAAAA